AUGGCAAUUGCAUCCGUCGUGCGAGAGGCCCCUUUCGGGCAACUGGUCCGAUAUUUGACCAAAAACAAAUACUUCCAAUAUCCCGAAGAGAAGCCCGGCUUCGAGCUCCCCGAGACAUGGCUCCAAUUAUUGAAUGAGUCCAACGCCGCAACGAUACCUGAUCCUGAGAAAACUGGGUUGCAACCAGAGCCGGAAGGCUAUGAUGCAACCCCCGAGGCUAUCAGUCGCGCGUCGACCCAAAAUUCCCUUCCCUUCACAGAAGCUCGCCUCGAAGCCGACGAGCGGCAUGAAAUCGAGAAGAUCAAGUCCAUCCCCAUUCAACCCAAAAAGACCAAGGAUGGUGCCAUCCUGGUCGACUGGUACUAUACCGAUGAUGCCGAAAACCCACAUAACUGGUCGAAUACAAAGCGUGCCCUGCUGACGACACUCAUUUGUCUCUAUACCUUUGUGGUAUAUACGACAUCUGCGAUCUAUACAUCCUCGGUGCAGGGAAUCAUGGAGCAAUUCGGUGUUAGUGACUUGCUUGCUACACUAGGACUGUCACUAUAUGUUCUUGGAUACGGAACUGGGCCCCUGGUCUUCUCACCUUUGAGCGAGAUCCCUGUCAUUGGCCGGAAUCCCGUCUAUAUUGUGACCAUGUUCCUCUUCGUCAUCAUCUCCAUCCCCACUGCCUUUGUGGGUAACUUUGCGGGCCUCAUGGUACUCCGCUUCCUGCAGGGUUUCUUUGGCUCGCCAUGCCUCGCCUCUGGAGGUGCUUCAAUUGGUGACAUGUAUAGUCUCAUGUCCCUCCCUUAUGCCAUGAUGUCGUGGGUCAGCGCAGCUUAUUGUGGUCCUGCCUUGGGCCCUCUCAUCAGUGGCUUCGCUGUUCCCGCGAUGGGCUGGCGCUGGUCUCUCUAUGAAUCUAUCUGGAUGUCAGCCCCCAUACUCAUUCUGAUGUUCUUCUUCCUCCCCGAGACCAGCAGCGCAACCAUCCUGCUCCGCCGCGCCGGUCGCCUCCGCAAGAUCUACAACAAUGAACGCUUCAUGGCUCAGUCCGAGAUCGACCAGCGUAACAUGAAGGUCUCCGACAUUGCCGUCGACGCCCUCAUCAAGCCUCUGGAAAUUACCAUCAAGGACCCCGCCGUGCUCUUCGUCCAGAUCUACACUGCUAUCAUCUACGGCAUCUACUACUCCUUCUUCGAGGUGUUCCCUCUGGUCUACCCCGUCGACUACAACAUGAACCUUGGUCAAGUCGGCCUGGUCUUCCUGUGUAUCCUGGUGUCUUGUAUCAUCGGCAUCGCAAUCUACUUCUCCUACCUCUACUUCUGGAUGAACCCUCGCAUUGAACGUUUCGGUUUCCCGCCCCAGGAGUCUCGUCUUAUUCCCGCUCUGCCCGCCGCUAUUGGUCCCACUAUUGGCUUGUUCCUCUUUGCCUGGACGGCCCGUGCCUCGAUUCAUUGGAUCGUACCCACAAUCGGCAUAACCAUCUACGGUGCGACAGUCUUCAUCGUGAUGCAGUGCUUGUUUGUCUACAUCCCAUUGAGUUAUCCAAUGUACGCUGCCAGCCUGUUCGCUGCAAACGAUUUCUUCCGCAGUGCCUUGGCUUGUGGUAGUGUCUUGUUCGCCCAUCCGCUGUUUAACAACCUUGGUGUUGCUCGGGGUACCAGUCUCCUUGGUGGUCUGAGUGUGAUUGGUAUUGUCGGAAUCUGGCUGCUCUACUACUAUGGUGCCCGACUCCGUUCUCUGAGCAAGUUUGCCCUCUCUGAUGAGUAG